GUUGGUCUGAUCCACACAGACCACGCCCUCCUGAUCCACUUAAAAUACCACGAGCGACUGUUCCACUCAGGAGCAGAAAUCCUCACAGUGCAGCAGGAGACGAGUGUGAAAAGUUUCUGUGGACAGAACCGUGCUUUUCCCCAGACUAAGCAUGGAGGAUCCGCCCCUGUCAGGUUUCCAUAGAGUCCUGUGCCGCCGUCACUGUGCUGUUUGCAGGAGCAGCAAGUCUGCUGGUGGAAAGACAAGGACCCACAGUACGGUUUUCUGAAACCAUACUGAGACUGAGAUACUGAGUGGGAAAGAGAGAGAGAGGAAAAGAGAAAGACAAAGGAGUGGGAGUUAUGCUUCAUAAUGGUGCUGGAACGAGCAGAGGACGGGAUGACCGCAGCGCAAAGCAACAGCUUCAGCAUCCAGAGGAAGCGUCCUCUGAGCUUUCCAGAUCACACCUAACGUCAUCAGUCAACAGUUCACCUUUGACCUCACCCCAGUGCCUCAUCACUAAGAAUACCAGUGAUAAAACCAGCAAGCAGCAUUUGCAGUUCAGUGUGUCAAGGCCUUCAGUUUUACGGAAGGGCAACCAGGUUCUACCACAGGCUUUGUCCAACCAGUCUGGUCUUGGUAACUGGUCUACUGAGAUCGUCUGUAAGGCUGAAUUUGAAAAUAACCUGUUAGUGAACUCAUCAUCUUACAACACAAACAGUGCCCGCAGAGACAGUGCAUCUGGACCAAGUCCCAGACAGAGCACGCCAGAGUGCCAUACAGAACUGCCACAGGUAGUCUUAGAGAGCUUGCUGUCUGCCAAAGGGAUAUGUUGCUGGCCAGACUGCGAAGAAGUAUUCAAGGAAUACACACACUUCUUGAAACAUCUCAAUUCUGAACACCGCCCUGGGGACAAAACAUUUGAACAAUGGAGACGGCAGAGAGAUAUUGUAAAACAAAUUGAGAGUCAGUUGAUUGUGGAAAGACAAAGACUAAAUGCCAUGUACAUGCAUCUGUUUGACAUAAAAUCUUGCACUGAGAACAACCCCAGUUUGAAGCAGUCAGGCAGUCCUUCAGGAGGCCUGCAGGCCUGUGAGAGUGUGAUCGGUCUUCAAAGUGGUAACAGAGUCCCUGCUGAAAUGUUACCCCCAGGAUACUGGCAGUUCCCUACCUCACAGUACAUACCAGGAAUUAUCCCCAGCAUUGAGUGCUACAAAUACACGAACAUAAGACCACCAUUCACCUAUGCCUCCAUGAUAAGAUGGGCCAUUCUGGAGUCUCCAGAGAAACAACUAACUCUGAAUGAAAUCUAUCACUGGUUCACACGCAUGUUCUGCUACUUCCGUCACAACACGGCCACGUGGAAGAAUGCUGUUCGACACAACCUCAGCCUUCAUAAGUGCUUUGUCCGUGUCGAUGGAAGAAAGGGUUCUGUUUGGACAGUGGAUGAGGCAGAAUUUCUAAGGAGAAAAGGGCAGAAGUUACACAGGGACCAGGAUAUGAGUUGGAUGGCACACUGUGCCAUGUUUUAUUCUUGAUUCUUGAAAUCGUAUUCUUCAGUGCUUAGUCACCUUCUGAGUAACCACCACCAAAACCUCAACAUGUCUCUUUCCUUAAAUGUAUUAGAGCUUUAUGAUUUUUAAUCAGCUUCCAUUCCCUUUGACCUGCUAAGCCACUGAAGUGUAAGCUAAGCUAAGAGCUUUUAGCUGCACAAGCAUGUUCUACAUGUAUAAAAUACUAAGGGUGAAAAUGUUUCUGUAAUUUUUCAUUUAACUAAAAAAGGAAACUGUUGAUUUUGUUUUUCAGAAUAAAAAUGUAUGGAAUUUACACGA